CAACAGACGCUUGAUUGGAUGAAGGUUGGCGACACCAGCCAGAUAGAGCAUUCGAGAUGGAGGUCGCUGAUCAAGGCAGCCAAGCCCAACACUAAGAAGAUCUUGGCGUAUCUGGGGAUCAAGCCAGCUUCGACUCCUAGCUCCUCGAGGCCGGAGUUGAUAUUUGAUAACUAUACUCCAACUUCCGCUCCUUCCAAUGUAUCGCCUUCUUCUCGUGCGAGGAGAGCUUUUGCUGAUACUGCACCUGUCGACGAUACCUUGUCGCAAGAACUGGAUGAACUUCGGCAGCAACUUCAGUAUGCGAAGAAGCAAACACUUGUGAUGAUGGAGCAAUCUCGUAAGUCAUCUGAAGCCGAAAAAAUUGCUCUUCAACAAGCUCACGAAGCCGUGGCUGCUAAGGAAAUUGCUGCUUCCGAGGCUGAAAAGGCAACUACUCGAGAAAAUUUCAUGCUCGAAUUAAUGAAUGAAGCCGGUGCAGAUAUGUCGGGUAUGCCUGUUUCGUCCGCUGAUAUUUUUUAUCUUCAUGCUACUGUUUCUUAGAGGUUUCCACUUCUUUGUUUUGAUAGGUGCCUUUGUUGAUGCUGCUGCCGAGGAAGAGAGGGUAAAUGCUAGGACAACCCUCCUUGUUAAUCUUUCCCUGGACCAUGGUUCGUUGUUUUGGGCUACCCCAGAGAGGACCCGCCAAAUUGUCAGAUUUCAAGAUCGCGCCUCUCAAACUCGCGAUUUCCUUGACUUCUGUACCAAGACCUUGUCCAUGGUUUACAACUCCAUGUUUCCUCGGAACGUCCAACCAAAAACUCUUCCUGAAUUGAUGGAAAGGUUCAAGGAUGCUCGCAGUAUCCAUGAUUUUGUCAAAGCUCAACUAGUAGCUGGCGCCAGAUUUGCUCUUAUCAUGCUCCAAAUCUGCCACUCGAAGCUUGACCUUACCCAGGUUGUCGAGAAGGUUCACCAAAAAG